GUUCAAUCAGCAAUAUUUCAUUAGCUAAUUAAGGUUGAAAAUGUCGAAUGGUGCACAGAUUCCUCACAUUAAUGGUCCACCAACUGGAAAAUGGACAACAGGUUUAUAUGAUUGCUGUGAAGAGCCUGGAAAUUCUUGCUUAACAUAUUGCUGUCCACGUUUAACCUUUGGUCGGAAUGUUGAGAUCAUAGAUCAAGGAAGAACACCUGCUUCACAUGCACGAUUGAUAUUCUGCGCUCUUAAUUGUUUUGGACUUGGAAGCAUAUAUUCACAUAGAUUUAGAACAGGACUAAGAACUCUCUACAAUUUACCAGAAGAACCAUGCGAGGAUUUUUGUGUUCAUUUUUGUUGUCCUCUUUGUGCUUUUUGCCAAGAGUAUAGAGAACUUAAAAACCGUGGACUUGACCCCUCAAAAGGUUGGAAAGCAUAUGAGAAUGCGGGGAAAAUGCAUUCCAACCAAGUGCCUCCUCAAAUUGCAAUGGGCAUGAUUCGCUAGAAUUUUGUUCAUCUUCUUAGAUUCAAUGAUUAUCUUGUUGGUUUUCAAGAUUUUAAUACAAAAGUAUUUAUUUAUUUUUUUAAAUUAUUUUGUUUGUUAUUUUG